CUCCCCCUCCAUGGUGGAUUCCAAUUAGCUGCUUCUACAUAGUCACCUGUCAAGCACAAAUACACCUUUUUGUUUCCAUAAACUUCUCUCAUGCAUUUCCCUAAACAUACCCUUUUGGUGCAAUAAAUUCCUGGUAACUCGUAAGCCUCUCCCUACACUUGCACUUCAGGUUUCUCCUUCCAACUUCCAUAAUUUGUCUCUUCACACAAGCACAAGAAGAUGAGUUUUGAGGAGAAACCUGUAUCAGUUGGACCAUGGGGUGGGAAUGGAGGAUACCAUUGGGAUGAUGGUGUAUAUUCAACGGUUAGGCAAUUGGUGAUAGUUCAUGGGGAAGGAAUUGACUCCAUCCAGAUUGAAUAUGACAAGCAAGGGAGUUCUAUCUGGUCAUUGAAGUAUGGUGGAAGUGGAGGGUAUAAAAUUGACAAGAUCAAGCUUGAUUACCCAGAUGAGUUCCUAACAUCAAUUGAGGGAUACUAUGGUAGCUUAAGUCAAUGGGGACCAAUCUUCAUUCGGUCACUAAGUUUUGAGAGUAACAAGAAACUCUAUGGACCAUUUGGAGUUGAACAAGGGACAUAUUUUUCGUUGCCAAUGACUGGUGGCAAGAUUGUUGGGUUCCAUGGCAGGUAUGGUUGGCACCUCGAUGCCAUUGGAGUCAAUCUGAAGUCAUCUCAGCAACCAAAGCCUUCCAAAGCUUUGUCUUAUUCACAGAACAACAUGACUAACGCCACUGACAAUGGUCGUUAUUCUGUAAUACAAGGAAGUGUUGGCCAAGGCUAUGAUAUUGUUCUUGCUUUAAAACAGAAAGAUGAUUUUGGAAAAUCUCCAACUGUCAAGAUUUCUAGCUUCAAAGAACCAAACAAUAUUGAACCAAAAGAAAAGAUAGUUUUCGUGGAGAAGGCACCAUCAAUGGUUGAAGGUGUAGUGACAUAUGGACCUUGGGGUGGCACUGGUGGAUAUGUGUUUGAUGAUGGACCAUACACAGGAGUUAGGCAAAUUGACUUGUCCCGCAAUGUUGGAAUUGUAUGGAUUAGAGCUUUGUAUGAUCUGGAUGGGGAGCCUGUAUGGGGAUACAAACAUGGUGGGGCAGGAGGAUUUAAACAUGAAAAGAUAAUCUUUGAUUUUCCAUAUGAAGUUCUCACACAUAUAUCUGGCUACUAUGGAUCUCUGAUGUACAUGGGGCCAGCUGUUAUAAGGUCACUUACUUUCCACACCACCAAAAGGUCCUAUGGACCAUUUGGAGAUGAAUAUGGAACUUAUUUCACAACAAAGCUGAGAGAAGGGAAGGUUGUUGGUAUUCAUGGUAGAAGCGGCUUAUUUCUAGAUUCUCUCGGUGUGCAUGCAAUAGAAGGAAAAGUAAUUGUGCCAGUGGCAACAUCUCCUUCCAUGGAAAUCAUCUCAAGAGAACCAAGUAUUUCGGAAAUAGACAAUCCUCAAUGGCUAGUUGUUGCCAAACCAGCCCCAGUUGAACAGAUAAAACUGGAGUACCCAAAUGAGGUUCUCACUUGCAUAUCUGGCUAUUAUGGUUCAGUCACUGCUGAUGAACAACCUAUAAUCAUAAAGUCACUCACAUUCCAUACUAGUCGAGGACAGUAUGGUCCAUUUGGUGAUGAAGUAGGGAAAUACUUCACUUCAACCACAACAGAGGGCAAGGUGGUCGGUUUGCAUGGGAGGAGUAGCAUGUAUUUGGAUGCCAUUGGGGUCCAUAUGCAACAUUGGCUAGGAGGAAUUCAGAAAACUUCAAAGUUAUCCUUUUUCAAGCUAUUUUGAUUUGUGAAGAACAAUAAUGAAUGUGCAGAGUGCUGAGAUGAUAUAGCAUGAUUACUUGUAUACUAUCUAAAUAAUGUUUGGUGAAUGUUCUAACCAACUGUAAGAUUUGUUACACAAUGUGAAUAAUGUUGGUGUUAAUUUCUUUCACCUCAA